AUGACUACCUCAGUUUUCGUUUCAGGUGCAACCGGUUACCUUGCCCAACAAAUUAUUGCACUUGUUCUCUCCAAGGGCUACAAGGUCGUUGGUUCGGUCAGAUCUGAAGAAAAGGGUGCAAACUUAAAAAAAUUGUAUGGUGACGAUUUCUCCUAUGAAGUUGUCAAGGUCUUGGAACAGAAGGGUGCUUUCGAUGAAGCCUUGAAGAAGCACCCAGAAGUUACAAUUUUCUUACACACUGCCUCUCCAGUUACCUUCGAAGUUGAAGAUACCGAAAAGGAAAUCUUGAUUCCUGCCAUUAAUGGAACAAAGUACGUCUUGCAAUCUAUCAAGGACGUUGCUCCUCAAAUCACCAGAGUUGUUUACACCAGUUCUGUCGUUGCUAUGAGCGUCCCAGAGGAAUUAGGUAGCCCAGAUGUGGUCCUCUCUGAAGCUUCUUGGAGUAGUCUCUCUUACGAGCAAUCCAAGACUCAUGGAGUUUUGGCUUACUUCGGUUCGAAGCAAUUUGCUGAAAGGGCUGCAUGGGAGUUUGUUGAACAGGAAAAGCCAAACUUUGCUCUCUCGACCGUAAACCCUGUCUACAUUUUUGGUCCUCAAGCUAAGGACGAGGAAGUUAAGGGUACCUUGAACCUUUCUGCCGAAAUGGUUAAUUCCGUAUUGAAGUUGAAUAAGGACGACGAUGUUCCAGCAACUACUGGUACUUUCAUUGAUGUUAGAGAUGUGGCUAAAGCUCACCUUGCAGCCUUCGAAAAGGACGAAGCAAAGGGUGAAAGACUUCUCCUCUCUAACACCAGAUUCAAUGGUCAAACUCUUUUGGACGUUGUUAGAAAGAACUUCCCACAACUUGCUGACAAGCUUCCAGUUGGAAAGCCACAUUCUGACGAUUUCUCUGCUUUUAAGGAAUGGAACGACAAGAAGACCAAGAAGAUUCUUGGAUUUGAAUACUUCGACUUUGAAACUUCUGUUGUUGACUCAAUCAAGCAAGUUUUGAAGGUACAAGGUUAA